UAACGCAUAAGAAGUGGUCAGUCUCGCCAUAAACCAGCUCUGGCUGUUCCGCAAACAUGGCUGGAGUGCUGAAGAAGACCACAGGACUCGUGGGACUUGCUGUUUCCCCAAAUCCACACCAGCGUCUUAAGGUUCUCUACACCAAGAUUUUAGGUGUUGUCCAGAACAUGCCUCAGGAUGCUGCCUACAGGAAAUACACUGAGCAGCUGAUCACUGAGCGCGUCAACCACGUGGAUACAGAGCCUGAUGUAGAGAAGCUAGAAAGGAAAAUCAACUGUGGUCAGAUUGAGGAGGUUAUUGCACAAGCAGAAUCAGAGCUUCACUUGUCCAGGAAAAUGGUGGAAUGGAAGCCGUGGGAGCCGCUGAUUGAAGAAGCUCCUGCAAAUCAGUGGAAAUGGCCGAUUUAAAAGCUCAUAUUGAGGCAAUUUUCACCAUUUCUGCUUUCCAUCAAUGAGCUUUUUUCGUACGUUGUAUUUAUGUUUAAAAAUGAGGAAUAAAUCCUGUAAAUAUCAA